GACAUUUGUCUUCUUCGUUUCUCGGUGUCUGCUAGAAAAUUUUAUUGUAGAAAUUGAGGCGGAUCAAUUAUUACUCGAUAAAGUGACAAAACAAUCUUCAAAAAUCACCGGUGUGUUUAAUUAGCAUUUAAACUGGCAGUGAGUGAUAAGGAUAAGUCUCUUAAAAUGGAAGUGGACCAGUUCGCAAAUGAAUGGAGUUACGCCGGCGAAGGGUCUCGACUGCCCCUUAUCGACGAGUCGUCGGCUUUGGGGACACAGCCGCCAAAAGACAGAUUGAUAGCAGUAUUGGACCAGGUGGAAAUGCGAGUGGAGCGCUUGCGUCGUGACACGGUGCGCAUCGAGGAGGAGCGGGACUCCCUGCUUUCGACCCUCGACAGCAUCAAGCAGUCGGAGCUGUUGGCUGAAGUCACCGAGUGUGAUAAAGACGAUAUAAUGAGAUACGCGGAGAGGAUCCUGUCUCGCGCCAUGACAGUAGAGGUGGCGGUGCGCACCGACCGAGAUACGCAACAAGAGGAGGCUUUGCACCAGGUGAACAUGUAUAUAGAUCAGCUAGUAGUAUCUGUGCAAGCUGACGCGGUAGUGGCCCACACUCGCUGCCUCACCUACAUGAACGCCUGCACCUCCCAGCCCGACCCCAACACCGGGACGGACAAGAACUUCGAGACUGCCAUCCUCGGCUGCACCCUGGACGACCAGAAACGAGUCAAGAAACGCCUCCAGGGCCUCCUAGACUACUUCGCUAAAUUGAACGUGACCACUUGCUCGUGAGUCCAGGAAUUCAUGCGGGAGAAGCUCGUCAUCAAAUGAUUCAGCUUUUUGUUUGUGCGGAGAAGAAGCGAGUGAUCUGUGUCUUUUAUGUCUUUUUGUUAUGAAGCUUUGAUAAGUCAUACAGAAUUCCAGUGCUGAUGAUGUCUGAGUGUUUAUUUUUUGUUGUGCAUAUAAAAGACAGUUGUUAAGCCAAAGUCCGUUCUUUAUAAAGCAUUUCUGGUAUAGCUAGAUCACAUUCACUUAAGUCGAUCAAUGCAGGCCUAAUAUACAUUAAAAACAAUAGCUAGAAUCGAAAUAGAAUUGGUCACUUUAGCUUUUUCUUGGUAAAAUAUUGACACCAUGCAUCAUCUAUCAUAUUUUAUGAAAAUAAUUUGCAUUUGAUAGCUCUAUUCUUGAAGAAAGAGGAUGUUACCUUGUCCCGCGGUUUCAUAGCGGGAGGUAUAUUUGUAAUUCCAAUACCACAUAAUUCCAUCUUAGUCUACAUUAUCUAGUAUAGAUUGUGGUUAAAUUUAGCUAGAAAAAAUUGUAAUGAAUAUUAUUCUUGAUUAUCAUUCAUAAUAAUUUUUGAAAAUUUGUGUCAACGUGUGGACGAAGCUAUUGGCUACUUUAAUGUUUAGCAAACAUAGCUGAGAAAGCAUGGAAUAUGUCAUAUUUUAAGGCGUUUUCCAUUAUGAAAAAUGUUUGCCUCUCCGACUCGACUUAUAAUAAUAAUAUUAAAUACGAGCUUCUUGUCUAGCAUACGAUGGGAAGUAGAAGUGUUACAUAAAGAUUUUGAAAUUCCACUGUAAGAAAAAAAAGAUUCGUGUUUUCAUCUCGGCCACAAGAAAAUCCAUUACUUGACAUUACCUCCAAAAUCUUGAUCACCAGGGCAUGCAUUGACUCCCAGGCGGGUUCGCCGGGUCAUUAUUUCGUGUUUGUAAAUACUGUUUACUUGCAGAAUUAAUGCCUCUAUUCUAUAAGCAAACAAUAUGUACAUACAUGCAUAUAAUAACGUCUUUAAUCCUUACUAGGCAGACAGAGCCAACAGUCUCGAAAAGACUGAAAGGCGUUUUACUGUUAUAUUUAGUCACUAUAAUCACUGUUAAAGUAGUGUCGGUUCUUCGGCCUUGUGGUCGAAUGGAUUAAUGAUCAAACGAUCUGUUCUGUGGCUCAGAGGGGUGGUUACAAGCUUUGGCAAAUGUGAUAUAUGUAUAGUUAGCAGAGGAAGCUAUAGUGAUUCCAUAUAAUAUGUGUAUAAUUGUAUUCUAGUGGAUAAAUAUACGUAUUCACGCAUUUAGCUUGUAAAGCCCAGUUUGUCAAAGUUUCUAAACACAUUUUUAAAAUGUUUUAACUAAUUGUAAUUUAUUAUUUUAACUAAAUCGACUGUUGUCUAAUUAACCAGUUUUAAGCAUCACUAGAUAGAUUCUAAGUCGAUUUUAGAAAUAUUAAUUUCGAGUGUAAAGUUGUUUUGAAGCUAGUCUUCAUUUUGAUCUGUGGAAACGUGAUUUUUUUUAUACCUCUUAUACAUAAUUUACAGACCCAUAUGGUUUGGAACUUUGUUAAUAAGUGUACUCUAUGUAUACCUUCCUACUUAAAUAAUAGUGACUUAAAAAUAUUUUCAAAUAAAUAUCUUUAUUUAAUGUAAACAAUGUUUCCUGUUUUGUAUAUUUCACAAUUGUAUAAAAUAUGAUACAGAAGGUCUUUAAAUUUUUUUGCUCAAUAUUGGGGAUACUGCCGUAAACACGUAUCCGCUUUGGUUCUAUACCCAAAAACAGUAUGUCAAAUUUGAAUUUAAAAUUAUUCGUCACGUUGUGAUUGACAGAAAUAUACGGCCAAUCACAAAUCAAACACUGAGUUCUAAAUUAGGAUUGGCUAAGGAGCUAUCAAAAUAACUUAGGUAUAGAAAAACUUCUUUUUUAUUAUUUGUAAAAAUUCGUCAAUGCCUUUCGAACCUAUUUGUAAACAUGUAGAUAGAUAAUACACAUAAUUGAAUUUUUGUAGGUCGUCGAAAAACAAGAAGGAAGCUACUUUUGUUAUUAAAAUGUGUAGUAUGAAUAAUUUUCGUAACAAUAAAUUGUUUUUCGCAACA